AUGGCUUCCGACGAGCUGACAACGAAGCUGAGUCGGCGUCUUCAGAUCGGUGAAGGAGGUGGAGAAGAGCCGGUGAUCGUGAACAAGACGCGCGAAAACGGAGCCGAGAAGCCGGCCACGGCGAGCGCCGACUCGGAGCUGGGCGCUAAGCUGCUGCGCCGGGGGGAAAUGAAUGAAGGGGAGCAUCAUCCGCGUACCAUGAAGGUCUUCAACCCCUACACUGAGUUUAAGGAAUUCUCCAGGAAGCAAAUCAAAGACAUGGAAAGGAUGUUCAAGCAGUACGACGCCGGCAAAGACAACUUCAUCGACUUGAUGGAGCUGAAGCUGAUGAUGGAGAAGCUGGGGGCUCCACAGACACACCUGGGCCUGAAGAACAUGAUUAGGGAGGUGGAUGAGGACUUUGACGGGAAGCUGAGCUUCAGAGAGUUCCUCCUGAUCUUCCGCAAGGCAGCCGCCGGCGAGCUGGAGGAGGACAGCGGCCUGCAUGCUCUGGCACGGCUGUCCGAGAUCGACGUGUCCACAGAGGGAGUGAAGGGAGCCAAGACCUUCUUCGAGGCCAAGGUCCAGGCCAUGAACGAGUCGAGUCGCUUUGAGACCGAGAUCCGGCAGGAGCAGGAGGAGAAGAAGAGGCAGGCGGAGGAGAAGCGGCAGAGGCAAGCCGCCUUCAAGGAGCUGCAGUCUGCCUUCGAGUGACGCCGCCCCGCCCCCAGUCCCCGUCCGCCAGUCUGUCCUCACCUCUGUCUGUGUCCCCACACCUACGUCCCACUUAUCACAUAGAGAUUAAAUGUAUGCAAGAAAAACGACUACAUGCAACCUCCAGGAGCUAAGAGAGCAGCGGAGACGGCGACAGACCCAACUCUGGAGGCAGCCAGGAGUGCUUAGGGGAAACAUUGCUGGUUUAAGGACAACCAGAGUCAAAGGGGAACAUGAAGACCUUCAUUUGCUACAUUACCCGGAUGCACUGCAGUAGUAUGACUUGUAAGAGGAAUGCUGUUGCUUUAAUUAUUAGUAAUUUAAUAUUAAUUAUUUUUUGGAAUUAUAUCAAGGAUAUUGGUGUCUUAAAAAGCAGAUUUAAUUUAAUUUUUAACAUCGACAGAUAUAGUCAUACUUAAAAGGAGGGGUGGCAUGGUGGCUCAGUGGGCAGAACUGCUGGUUUGCACCCCCCAGGGAUGGGGGUUCACAUCCUGUUCCCCCCAUGUAUGGAGUUUGCACGUUCUUCCCGUGUUGGGCAGGUCUCCCUCUGCCAUGCUAAGACAUGCGGCUAAGCUAAUUGUCCUCUCUAAAUUGUCCGUUGUAUGUGCCCUGUGAUCCUACCCAGAGGCCGUUCCAGUCAUGUGCGCUGUGUUGGCUGGGAACGGCUACAGGUCUCCCAGACCAGGUUAAGUCCUUAGAAGAUGGAUGGAAUUGCAGCUGUGGUUUUCAGUCCCAGUACUGGCGACACACUUUGUAUGCCGUUGUUCACGGAGCCUUUUAUUAAGUAUGCUUACUAUCUGUUAACUGAAUGAAUCACAUUGUGAAAUCCAUGCACUGCGUACACUGCGCACACUGCGUACAUUAAGUCGCAUGGUUGAUAAAUACCUGCAGUGGUGAUAAAGUCAUGGCCUCGCCAUUCAUGAAUGAGCAACCAAUUGAUAUCGGUGCGCAAAUAAUAAGAAGAGAAUUUCAUAUAGAGAGGGUUCUGUGCGAUCGGCAAGAUCCUUUAUUGUUGCCAGAUGAUAUUCUUUUCGAAAGACACCGUUUCAGCCGAGAUGGAAUAUUAUAUCUUAAAGAUUUAUUAGCUCCGUAUAGUACUGGUCCAAAUAGGCGAAGUCGGGUGAUAAAUAUCAGAGGACCACAGGUGUUUUUAUGAAGAGAGAUAUUUCAAGAAAUGAAAAAUAGUGUCAUUAAUAAAUUAGAAAUAAUAAAUAUCUUAAAUUUAUUGGCAAACAGAAAUGCUGCAGUACACAAAUAUAUGCUGGUGGUUUACUGUGAUGUGCAUGAUGUGAUUCACUCAACAUCCCUGACUAAAAAAUCUGAGCUGUCAGUCCCCGGGCUUAAAAUCUCUGAACUAGAUAGUCCAUCCCUGAAAUCAUUAUAUUAACAUUAAGAAGAACCACCACUGUAAUAUACUGCUAAAAUAUCGCAAUAGCUAGAACUUUGUCAGCGUUUUAUUAUAAAUGGAGAAAAUAAUGUAUUUCAGUUACGACUGCAACAGCUAAGCACAAGAAAUGAUAAAAGUCACAACAUGAAACUCAUUUGAGUCAAAAGGUAUUUUGGUUUUAAAAUCAUAAAUAAUUAUAAAACACGUUUAGGUUUGCUUUAGGUUAUGUUUCAAAGAGUGUGUGUCCUGUUCAUUUAAUGCAUAUAAUUUUUAAAAUAUGCACUCCUCUUUGUAGGUGAUAUAGUUUCCUGUGUACAUUGAUGUCGGUGCUUUCCUCAAUAGCAAACAUCAUUUCAGCUGCAUUAAGGAACCUGUGUGUCACUCAGUAAUCAUCGCUGGCAAAGAUUUUUAACAGCCAAUGUUCAAGAAGUUGAAAUAUUUUUUGAGUGCCGUAACCCUCUCCUGGAUACACUGUCUGGAAAACAGGCCCAUGCAUUUUUUUAUGUGUAUUGGAGUUGCCUUUGCAUGUUUGCUCGGUGGGUAUGUUCUGUGGUAUCUGCACUGUAUUGUUUUCGCAUUGUCACUGUGAAGUUCCGACAAUCCUAAUUGUGACAGCGACCUGGCCGGUGUCCUUCCCUCCACAGUUAUGUCCCCACCUUGCCGUCAGCCCAGACUGCCUUAACAGUGCGAGAUUCACCUGCAAUCAUAAUUACUCAUGUGUUUUUAUUUUGGUCUGGCAACAUCUGACUACUAAGGGUCAGAAAAGCUUUAGAAAUCCUUUAGUUUUACAAGCACUUAUGUAAUCGUGUCAUAAAUAUAGUAUUUUCGUGUUUUGCGUUGAAUGUGUAAAUGAAACUUACUGGCUGUGUAAAUGCUUAAAGAGCAUUAAUUUCCCAAUUGUUUUAGUGAUACAGUGUAACCUGGAGUCAUUAUUUAAAGCAGGGUGGGGGUCCUUUUUCCAUGGAAGGUUAAGGUUCUAGGGUUGCCAGUUUGUUAAUGACUUAGUUACAUAUGUAGCACCAGGUGGACUUAGACCGUAUCUUAAUAAUAGCUUCAGUAAAGCAAUCAAGAGCAGCGGUAGAGCAGAGAUCAACCUCAUUGUCAUUGUGUGCGUGCAUAAUGAACCCAACCCUAACCCCAACCCUACACCCGUGGAUGAAACAGACUUUCCCACUGCUUGUUUAAAAUGUAUAGUAGUAACUCUAACAGGUGAAAAGUCCAUCACUGAUCUACCAACCGGGACAGCACACAAACAUUCACCAGCUAGCGGCUUCCAGCAUGAACUUUCACAGCAUUCGUAAUAUGUAGAAACAGAUAAAUCUGAAUGCCACUUGACAGCAGCACAAUGAUACCGUAACUCAUAUAACCCAAAGUAGUUCUUAAGAUAAAGACGUUCCUGAGCCACAUGAAUAGUGACUCCUGUUGGGUCCGGGAAGAAUGUUGAAGGUGCUCUAAUCUCAGUGCUUCCUCUGCUCUGCUUUUGUGUGCAUUUAUGCAUUUUAUACUCUCAGCCUUGCUCGAAUGCCCUACCGGCAUCUCGGCUUAUGUGACGUUUGAAGGUAAUGUUUAUAAACUGGGAAACCAUCAGUUUGUGGAGUCACCGGGUGAACCGCCCUCUAGUGGCCACAGAAGGAACUGCUGAACAUAGGAGGAUCAGCAGGGUGAAGGCUGGCAUUUUUCUGGUUUCCAGUUUCCCUCAGUCAUGUAAUUUGCUAUUUUAUAUCCUUAAAUAUCACUGUCCGUGGGUUCUCGGAGGUUCGGUCAAAAUUUUUGCUUUCCACGCUAACAUUUCUAUUAAGCUCCACCAGAAAUGUGGUGUUCAAACAGAAAUUUAGCACAGGAACAUUUAGUGACGUCUAUAUGGAAAUUAAGAUUUAAUUUGACAUUAUGAUAGAAGGAACAAACUGACUCAACUUUAAGGAUUAUAUUACGUGGGUGUUUUGUCUGGAUUUUGUCUUAUCGGUGGAAAUUUAAGAAGGAUAUCGCUAUGUGCGAUGCCGCUGAAUAAUCCGAUUCACGCUACUCUAGGCUUUUUUGAACAGCGCCAUAAACAACGAGGGAGUUUUUAGUUUUUAAAGAAUAAGCAUUUAAACAGCCAUAAGGUCAUUAAGUUAAUGCUUCCUAAGUAUCGCAUUGUGCUUAUAUGUGUUUGUUGUUUAAACUGAAAAAAGUUAACGCCGUGGCACAGUACUGUCGGUGUGAAACUUAAGAAAUUAUUUUUCCAAGAGAAUAAAAAGACAGAUGCUUUUAGUUUUGUAUAGUGACUUUUUCUUUGUGAGGGUAAGACAUUAAUAAACUCUCUUUCUCCUGAAGAGGUUAUUCCCCAGGUUGUCUUGCUCUCCUGCAAAUGACAGCCGGCAAUGUAGUAAUCCUGAUGUAGUAGUUGUAUUACCGUAUAGCGGUGUUGGUGUCACACUAGCUUGUGGGCAGUAGCUGCAUGUCAGAUCCUGUCGUACUGUUCACAUUAUGUCAGUACCCUGGAAAUCUCUAGAAGCACGCAAUUCAAUUCCUGCAAGGGUCAUAUCUGUCAAAUCUUGGAUUGCAGACGUGUAGAAACCCAAGCUGGGUAAGAACAAUUACUCAAUGCACAUUUUUCGAAAGGGAAUGUGUUGUAUCCAGUGUUCUGUAAUAUGUGGCUGUUUUUACUUUAUAUAUAUAUAUACAGCUGGGGGAUAAAUGAAAACAGAUAAACAAAUAUAGGAUUCAAGUUAAACACUCCUCAGCAUCCUCAAGGGGAGGUGUCUUUUUGUGUUGUAUACUGCUGUAUUUGAAAUUGUUAAUGUACUCACAAUUUCCUGCGAGCUUGUGCCAAAAAAGGAAGGUGAUUAUAUAUAUUUUUAAGUCCGAAGUCCUUGAACCUUGAAGUCAAGUGUAACUUAAGCGUAAGCUCCCAGAUAAAUCACCGCAGGUUUUCCCGAAGGAAAAUGAAUGCACCUCAGUUAAACUGGGAGAAUAUAAGCGUGCAACGCCCGAAGCUGCUUUUAAAGCUGUUCUGCUCUGUUCUAAAUCAUGUCUGUCAGGAGACUUACUAGCCCACUGGCACUAGGCAGUCAUUGUGUUUCCCUGCAUGUCCAGUGUCCACUAAACCGAUUAAAAGAGCCAUCGUCACUGUACCCCAUACCUUUCCUAUUGUUUCAUGUUGCUUGGCCGCGUUGUGUUAGAUAUCAAAAAUUACCUGUUGAGUUUUAAGGUUGCAUAAACUUCUCAGGAAAACAGCAUUUGCUCCUGAUUUUGGAAAGGAUUUUGACUGUCACACUCCUUUAAUUAAUUAAGAAAAUAUAAUGAAAAAGUAUUCUGAUAAAUUGUAAAUAAUAAUAAUAAUAAUAAUAAUAGAUAGUUCACAUAUUAAUCGAUUCCAACAGACAUCAAGCAACCCCCUUUUCGGUGUAACUGACCCUAUAACUGCAAAGACAGAACUCGCCGAUGUGACGUACCAGCCUGUAAAUGUGAUCUAGGCCUGCUUAUAGUGAAACGCGUCAUGGCCUGUUUGAAGUGCCGUGGAGCGCGGAUUGCUGCAUGGGGAGCUGCAGUUCUGCGUAUGAGGAGCGAAGGAAGAGUGGCUGUGCCAAUAGUUUUUUUCAAGGCUGACUGUAUGUCCUGACUGAUGCCCUAUCGGAAUUGAGUGAUAUGUUCUACCGACAUAACUCUCAACUUCCAAAUACAUUGAACACUGAAUGCAAAUGAAUCUUCUUUGACAAUUUCCUGGAUUAAACACACGGUCAAAGCUUUCAGUUGUGUGUCGUCUCCAUUUUACAUUAAUCGUCUCUUAGUAGGCUUGUAAUAUUAAACGAGUGGCUAAUACAUUUAUUUUUGAUUUUCUUACAAAAUGUAUAAUUAUCAUUGUAACAAUAAAUAAAAUCAUAAUUGUC